ACUACUGGUGUUUGGAGGACCUCUACAGGGAGCUGGUCAGGGUGUAUGUUGAGGCCAUGGUGUCUCUCCAGGGUCGCCCUCCUGACCCAGCCACUGUGGAGGGAUGUGCUCACCUCAAACCCAACAACUUCCUGCUUGCCUGGCACACGCCCUUCAAUGAGAAAGGUUCUGGGUUUGGAGCAGCCACCAAGGCCAUGUGUGUGGGGAUGAAGUACUGGCAGCCUGAGAGGCUAGACAACCUAGUGGAGGUCAGCAUUGAGAUGGGGCGCAUGACCCACAACCACCCUACAGGUUUCCUGGGCUCUCUGACCACGGCUCUGUUUGCAUCGUACGCGGUGCAGGGUAAACCGCUGGUGACCUGGGGUCGCGACCUCAUGAAGGUCAUCCCCAAGGCCGAGGAGUACUGUAAGAAGACCAUACGCCACAUGGCAGAGUACCAGGAGAAGUGGUUCUACUUUGAGGCUAAGUGGCAGUUCUACCUGGAGGAGAGAGGCGUGGAGGAGGAGGGGCAGAACAAGCCCCUGUUUCCUGACACCUACAACGCUGAGGAGACAGACAAGGUGUAUAAGCGCUGGAGCUCAGAAGGUCGGGCUGGACGGAGAGGUCAUGAUGCUCCCAUGAUAGCCUACGAUGCUCUCCUGGCCUCAGGCUCCGACUGGACCCAGCUCUGCCGCCGCGCCAUGUUCCACGGAGGGGAGAGCAGUGCCACAGGGCUGAUAGCAGGCUGUCUGUACGGUCUCCUGUUCGGCCUGUCCCAGGUCCCUGAAGGGCUGCACCAGGAUGUGGACCGACGCACGCGGCUGGAGGAGCUCGGAGCAGAACUGUACAAGGCAGCCUCUGCAGAGAGGAGCACAGAGAAGUAACAACACCACCCUGCCCACACCGCCCUCUUCUGGCCGACAUAGGAACUACACAUGAAUGACUCCACCAUGGCUGGCUACUGGCUGCUCACCUACCUACCUACCAAGUGGAGGCUGGUGGGAGGAGCUAUAGGAAGACGGCUCAUUGCAAUGGCUGAAGGGGAAUACAUAUGCUUGAUACUGUUCCAUUAAUUCCAUUCCAGCCAUUACAAUGAGCCUGUCCUUCUAUAUCUCCUCCUGCCAGCCUCCUCUGCUACCUACCCAUCCCACAGCACUACAGCCCCCCUAGCCCGGCCUGUACCCUCCUCUCUGUCUCUCCACUGCUCCUGCUGGGGUCUCUGGAAUAGUUCCUUUCCUGUUCCAUAAAGUGUUUUGUUUCUAAAAAAAAAACUAAAGUCAUUCAUGUGGAACUGAAUCAGAAUCAGAAUUGGAACUCCGAAACCGGAUCUGUGAUGUAACAAUUCCAUAGAUUCCAGAGGCCCCAGGUGUUCUCAUCUAUAGAUGAACGUGGAUCAACUAACAUCCCUACCUACUGUACACACACCAGUCCUGGGUUUAAAACAUGUGAUUGGAGACAAAGAAGACUGUCCUGUGUAAAUGUGAUUUAAACUUACAGGCUUGUUAUUAGUCUGCCCCCCCCAUAUUGUAUAUGUUCCCUAUAUAAGUGCACUACUUUUGACCCGAACCCUAUGUACCCAGGUCAAAGGUAGUGCUAUUUGGGAUCCACUCUUAGUCUGUUAUUUGCACUCGUCUCAUGUUUUGGUUUAUUAUUGUCUGCUGUGGAUUCACCACGAGUGUCAUGAUAAUAAUCGUGUUAUUAUCAGAUUAAAGUGAAUAUCUAUAUAUUA